CUUCAGCGCGACGAGGAUAUCGACAUGUCUUAUGAAGGCUUGCUCUCGCUCUCCUCCAUUCUGGGCGACGUCAAGCCUCGUGGAACCGCGUCGGACGUCAUUUCAGCGCUGCCGAAGGGGACGUACGGCGACUGGGCCAAGCCAGGCGACACCGAGGAGCGAUGCCCCAUCUGUCUCGACGAUUACCAAGUCGCCGACCCUUGCUUGCGCGUCCCUGACUGCACGCACUGGUUCCACGAAGGCUGCUUAACAGUACGUCUAUCUUCGUCCCCACUUGAUCCUGUAGCUGACGCUAUCACCUCAGCAAUGGCUCAAGAGUUCGCGCACCUGCCCCGUGUGCCGCGGCCGCGUCAC